UAGUUCUUUGUUAAUCUCUUUAUUGCCAAAAAUUAAUAUUUCAUGUUUCAUGAAUUCCUUCAAUCUGAUUUUAUGAGCGUAAGGAAGCCAAUAUUUCUAGCAUAUAAUGCUGUUGGAAGGUCCUUUGAUCUCAAAAACAGCCUGAAGUCUUUUAGGGCGUUUCCAAGGAUAAAAAUAUCUAAAAUUUAAAGAUCCAAUAACAAGUAUAACCAUGUAUAGGUGUAAGACUGAGUGGAUGGCACGCAUUCAGGCUCUCAAUUGCCUAUGAUGCAGGAGCUGCAAACUUAUACACUUUCAGUUUUAGUGCUACUGCAGAUACAGAUGGAGGGUUUCUCAAUAGGACAGAUCUAGAUGCUACCUUUUCAAAUAAUGCAAAUGACCCAGAAGCCAUUAUAGGGCAGUUCAAUGUUGGCAGUGUCUCAAAUCCCUUCACUGGCAUGAUCGAUAGAUUUGCAAUCUGUGAUGAUAUUAGUUUUUGUGGGUAUCCAGAUACAUUAACAAGAAAUAAUUUGAUCGAGAACUCAGCGAAGCUAUAUCAAUACUAUUGGCCACUUAAUGAUGAAUACAACAGCUACGAUGAGUACAAAGUAAUCUCAUAUGAAAAGAUUCAGAAAGACACAGGUUCAGCUGAUUUCACUUUCUACAAUGCUGACAAUACCAGAGUGGUUUAUCCAACCAAUAAUGGAUGGGUCAGUCUGUAUAAAGAUAGCUGGAUGAUGACAGAGCCAUUUCCAUUCAAUAAUGCGAUGCAGUUCACAAUUGAGUUUGAGUACCUCAAGUUUAAUCACGACACUGUCUUCUGGAUGUUCCCAUGGUUUGAUGAAAGCAGUGAUUCAAAGCAAUAUUGGACGAACUAUCAUCACCGGAUGCGAGCAGGCUCCAAGGAUACAAUGAGAGACAUGCCUGGUGUGCAUGGGUCCAAAUGGACCAGAGUAAUGUAUUCAUACACCUAUGAAGAUAACAAUGAUAUAAUAAUGCUUGCCAUGGGUCAAGAAACCUUAAGAGACCAAGUCCACAAUUCAGCAACUACUUGAGAUUUUAGCCAACAUCAGAUAGAUGGAUCUGGGUCUAAAGCUUUAGCUUCAGUCUCUACAACGGAGAAUACAAUGACUAUCAGGUUCAAAAGCCUCCAAGGGAUUAUCAGGAAUUUGAAGUAUUAUCCAUGGGCGAUGAAUAAGGAUACUUGAGAUAAUUUUGGAGAAUAUGAAGAGGCAGAUAACUCAGGAUAUGAUUAUCAACAGCAGAUUUAUUCAAUGUACUUAGAAAAGUUCAGUUCAGAUCAGAAAACAGUGUCAAAAGAAGACAAUGCUUGCCUCAACUACUUCACUGCCCAGCCUGAGAUCUGCAUGGACUUAACCCAUAAGAAGCAUGAGUACUGCUCUGAAGGAUUUAGAGAUGUGUACUAUCACUGUAUCGACCGCUGAGGAGAUGGUACCGUUCAGAUGUCCCCAAGAAUGUUAGAGUGUGACGACGGCAAUACAGAUGAUGGUGAUGGGUGUUCGAAGUAUUGUACAGUUGAAGAUAAACACAUCUGUGAAAUAGACCCUACACUAGGUAAUAAGUCAUACUGCCAACUUGCAUGUGGAAGCGGAACUCUUCAAACAGAUACUGAGCUUUGUGAUGAUGGAAAUAGAGGUAGCGGAGAUGGCUGAGAAAGUGAUUGAACUAUUACGUAUAAGUAUAGUUGACAAAAUUUUAUUGACCAGCCUUCCUACUGAACUCCUGCAUGAGGAAACUCUGAAAGGAACCCUGAAUAUGGAGAAACAUGUGAUGAUGGUAAUAAUAUGGACUUUGACGGAUGAUCUAAAGACUGAACAGUUGAGACUAAUUACAUAUGAACACAAGUUUCAGGAAAGCCUGAUGUCUGUGAGACUGAGUUCCCGAGGCCAGUCCCAAUAACUUCUACAUUUGAUCAGAUGACUAACAUCAUUACAGUAGAGUUCGAUCAAGAAAUGAUGGACCAAGAAAUGAAGAAUACAAGUGUAGUCAUUUUCAUCGAAAGCCCUGAAAUAGAAAUAGACUUCACAUUCACAACUAAGUUUGAAGGGAAGAACUUUAUCGUAACAUUGACUUUAUCACCUCCUUUUGUUGGAGGAAUUGGAGAGAAGAUUACACUGAUCCUACAAGAGAUAGAAAAGUUCAGGUCAAACGAAACUAUUCCAAUGCUUUCAGCUGUUGCUUUUAUACAUACUGUACCAGCAUUUCCAGUCAGUGGGUCAUCCGAAAGCUCAGGGAAAGGUGCUUCAUACACUUUCUUGUUUACAGUUGGAGCCUCUCUUGGAGUCAGUAUGCUGACUGGUGGAUCAGCAGAGACAAUGUGGAGUUUGGCUAACACUCUUCAGAUUUUGUUCUUUAUGGGACUGAUUGAGUUGGAAUAUCCAUCAGAUCUUGCAAACACAUUCAAAAUAAUGGCUUACUCCAAUUUUGAUAACCCUCUGACUAAAUACAUAACCUCUGUGGUCUUCUUUGGAGUCAACUUCAUAAACUCUCCAGUGAGUACAAACUUCGGAAACCUUGGAUUUGAGUCAACGAACAUCUUGGUCAACAGCUUUGACAAGAUUGGGAUGAUCUGAAUUCUUCUAUUUUCUGCAAUUAUACUAAGUUGCCUCUACAAGAAAGUUAAGGAUAGUAACUCAAAAACUGCAAGAUGAAUCAAGAAAGUAGAUAAAUCUAUCAGAUAUGAGUCCCUAACUAGGUUUGCUGUUGAGCUCAUCCUCAAUCUCUCUGUUGCUUGAUGGAUCAAUAUUUGGUAUGGAAGUACUUAUUCGACUCAGGAUAUUAUUGCAUUCAUAGUUUCUGUAUUUACUCUCUUUGGGAUUUUCCUCUUGACUGUCUACGGAAUUUAUUAUCCAGUCUACCACUUUGAUGGCAUCAAAAUGAACCCUGUCACCCACGAAAGGCAUUGCCUGUUUUUUGUUGAUUUCAAAAAACAGAGAGUCAAACAACUGCUCUACUUCGGGUUCUUCAUGAUCAGGAGAAUGUUGUUUGCAUUUGUCAUCGUGUGCAUGAAAGAAGACCCGAAGAAGCAGCUGGUUUUGUGAAUGUUCAUGUUCACAUGGCAGCUCUAUUACUGAGUGUUGGAAAAACCAUAUGUGUCUCAAACCAACAAUGUUCUAAAUGUGUGCAAUGAAUGCAUUUUAGUACUUUUCACUUGCCUCCUGUACCUCUUUACUGAAACAAGUGAUCCAAAUUCAAUAACUAGAAUCGGAUGGGCAUGCAUUGGAGUUAUCAUAGUGUUCUUCCUGAUGAACUGGUUCAUUAUUUUUCCGGCUUUGAUAUAUUCCACAGUCAAGUCAUGCAAGAAAAAGAAAUUUGAUAAGGCAACCUUGGAUGAAGGAGGUCCAAUGACAUAUAAUGUCAGAAAUCCAUUGAAUAAAGUCUUCCAAAGACCAGAUUUCUCAGUAGAAGAGUUCAGAAAGAGGAUCCAACAACAACACAGUCAGAACAAAGAGAUACAAAUCCGAAAAGCUCCUCCUAUAACUCGCAAAAUCAAGCCUAAAUUACUUGAAAAUUUACCUGACAUAGGACAAAAACUACGGAAAUAACUAUUUUCAUUAAUCCCAAUAAUCUUUACCCUCUAU